AUCCAAUCAUCUAAGUGACUUGACCCUCUUUGAUAUAUUCAUUUUCUAUAUCAGCGGCAGAAAGACGGAGAGAAGCAGACGAGAGGAAAGGAGCGGGACGAGUCUUUCACAAUGUCGCCAACUUGUUGAUGUUGCUUCGACUUAUUUUUUUAUCAGCCGUCAGCCUGGAGCUCCAUUCACUUCCCCUGUGUGUGGCAACCGCUUGACAGGCGUCACUCGAGGACCAGCCUCAACUGCUGUCUAUCAGUCUUUACACGCCUGAUGAAAUCCUCAGUCCAAAUCCUUACAGCAGCGAGCAACAACACGUUUUUGCUGGAUGUAAAGAUGCCAAAUUCUGUCAACUCCUUCCCGACGGACACUCUCAUCUCAAAAACCUUCCCUUUGGACUUUUUAUCUACCAGCACGUGGCCUACAGAGUCAUACGCAGCAGACAGCUUCAACACCAGCGUCAGCAACAUCAGCAAUGUUAGUACCAUCAGCGGAGCUGGCAUCCUUCGCUGCACCUAUAAGGAAGACUUCAAGCGUAUUUUACUCCCUACUGUUUACACUUUAGUCUUCUUGCUUGGACUUCCUCUAAACGCUGCUGUCAUACUGAAGAUAUGGAGGACUCGACCCAACCUGUCCAAAAACAACAUCUAUAUGCUCAACUUGGCCAUAGCGGACUUCCUGUAUGUGAUGUCACUUCCUUUGCUCAUCUACAACUAUGGCAGUCAUGACUACUGGCCAUUUGGGGAGUUUGCCUGUAAACUAGUCAGGUUUCAGUUCUACAGUAAUCUGCAUGGCAGCAUCCUCUUCCUCACCUGCAUCAGUGUGCAGCGCUACGUGGGCAUUUGCCAUCCUCUGGCGAUGUGGCACAAGCAAGGUGGUCGCAGGUUGGCGUGGUGUAUCUGUGGAGCGGUUUGGCUGGUGGUCACCGUCCUGUGCGCGCCAACUUUUCACUUCGCUGCAAUCGGAACUCAGCGAAACCGCACUGUGUGUUAUGAUUUAAGUACGCCAAAGAAAUCAGUAGACUACUAUCCUUAUGGCAUGGCGCUGACCUGCCUCGGCUUCUUGUUGCCUUUCAUGGGUGUGAUGGUGUGCUACUGUCGGAUGGCCCACAUCCUCUGCCGCCCUGUGUCCUACCAGGGUGUCUCCAUGGCGACUGGGGAGAAACGGGACAAGGCGGUGAGGAUGAUCAUCGUGGUGGCCGCAGUGUUCUGCAUCAGCUUCCUGCCAUUUCAUCUCACCAAGACCAUGUACCUGGUCAUUCGUACUCUGCCUAAUGCGCCCUGCGAGACGAGAAACUUGUUCUCAAUCAUCUAUAAAAGCACCCGGCCAUUUGCCAGCAUGAACAGCUUUCUGGACCCUAUUCUGUUUUACUUCACCCAGCCUCGCUACCGCCGGAGCACCAGAAGGUUUGUACUCAAAGUUACUACCCUCAGGGACAAGGGCACCAGUGUGUGAGCCGACAGUGGAUCCCAAACUGCAACAGUAUUUCUUAAAGCUACAACAGUGGUGGAUCCAAGGAGGCUGCAAAGUCGUGCAUGUUUGGUUGCUGAGUUUUUUCAAACACAUUUCCUCGUGCAUGUUCUAAUCUAAUGUAAGUCCUUUAUUAUUUUACCUUUCAUUCACCGCAAAGACGAACUGUACCUUCCUAUGAGGGUCUGAAGAUUUAGAGGUAUUGACACAUCAAAAUCCUUCUGAACUAUGGCAAGCCACAUUAUGCAAAGAUAUCCACAUAUGUAUUGUGGAUUUGUUUUUGUCUUCCUUUCCCUUUUCCCUCUUUUUAUUUUUGUUUUGUUUUUGCUUAU